AUGGACAGCAAGACACAUGUCGUGAUGCUAGCAGCACAGCAACGCCAUGGAAGAGGAAAGCUCGAGCUCGAGCAACCCGAGCAGCUCGAGCAGCUCUUCGUCUCGGCCUGCCAAGAAGCCGCGAUGGACUGCGAAGACCUUGUGAAGUGUGGAAAAAGCGACUUUGCUGCGAUCUUGGGGCGGCUUCUUCGGGAAACGCUGGGUGUCAUGCUGAUGAAAUACAGCAUCUUCCAAGAAGAGCAUGCGAGCGGUGAACGCCAUUACUAUUUUCCGGUGCUGGCAGAUCGUCCGGUCAGUUCGCUUGGCCUCGGGAGGCUUUCCGACAGGUGCGACAAGGCCGCUUGGUCAAUCAAGUUCCACAUGAGAAUAGCAAUGUUUUGGACAGAGCGCUGGCAUUUGUCGGCAAACCCACUUCAGCUGCGAGCUGUGCUGGCUGCGGCGAAAAGCAACGAAAGCGUUUUCCAGUACGUGUGCAGAUACCAAAGCGACUUGGAGCAAAAGAUACGCUUCGCUUGGGAAAUUCAUGAUGCACCAGACGAGGUGGCACAUGAUGCCAUGUCCAAUUGGGACUGUGUGCUGGCAGCUCGCGAGAAGCCCUGUGUCUGCCACGGCCGCUGGGUGAAUGCGUGCGCGAAGUGUCUGACGGAAGGGCGAGGGAAGUACAACAAUGUGUAUAUCUACGGCCCGCGGUUCGGUGCUGAAUGCUACGUGAAGCCUGUGGGCGUGGCAAAUUCCUUCCCAUUGCAGUCCAUCUUCGACAAGCGCAUCAUGGUUCUGCAAGACCUGCGCGUAGACUCCUUGAAGCUCUCCUUUGAUGCUCUCCUCGUCCUUCUUGAAGGACAGGCUUUGGAAGUUCCUCUCCCUCGCAAUCACUUUGCUGCCAACAAAGUCUACACUGGAACAGCUGGAUGCUUUGCAACAUCCGGCAACAAACUGCGGAUUCCACACUGCGAGGCCGUGAAGUUGAAUGUGCUUCCGGCGGAACAAGAUGCAAUGAUGGAUGCUCGCUGGCAGUAUUUUCGCUUUGACCACGCUUUUUCGGCUGUGGACAUCGAAAAGAUUGAAGCGUGCGCUUCAUGUUAUGCGAAUUGGGUCUCUGCCGGGCUGCCAGCAGUGCAGCGAGAGCUGGGAGACGAGCCGCCUGAAGAGGAUGAGGAUGAGGAUGUGCGCUGGGGGCUGUGA